AUGCGUGAGGCCCUCCCCCAACGCGGCCAUUGAGCAGCAUUUACUCAGCUGGAGGAGAAAGUGAGGUCUGCAGAUGCUGGAGAUCAGAGCUGAAAAUGUGUUGCUGGAAAAACGCAGCAGGUCAGGCAGCAUCGAAGGAACAGGAAAUUCGACGUUUCGGGCAUAAGCCCUUCUGUUCCAGGCUGUCUGUUGAUAUUGGGCAGUGAAUAAUGGAUGCACAGACUAUAAUUGUGUGACAAUCGUAAAAGGACAUGUAAUAGAGCGAACAGUUUUAAUGUUUCGAGUAAAACAUUAGAAAUAGCGCCUCUUCUUUCCUUCAAUUCGUGUAUAGGCAACUUGAUAUUGAUGUUUGUCAGAAUUGCAGCUGCUUCAGUCAUGGAGAUGUACAGAUGUUAGUUUCUGGAUCUCACCCAAUCGUUAAAAAAUUGGAAUGAGAAAACGAGGAGCCACUCAGGGCAAGAGUGAAAUCAAAAUUUGGUUCUGUUCGAAUUGCUGAGUUUUAAAAAUCCCGAAUGAUUAUUAACUGAAUGCCACACUGAUCAGUUUGAUCUUGCCGAGCUUGGCUUAUGUUGACUUACAGCUGAAAAAUCUUCUGUCUCCCUCCAAACAAGUAUUCGAAGGAUCAAGACAAUGUAAUAUUCCCUCUCUACAAAGCCAUGUGUGACCAGCUACUUCUAACAAACACUAGCUGAAAAUUCCUGUGUUCCUCCAAGCAAAUACUCGAUGGACCAAGGCAAUGUAAUAUUCUCUCAGUGCAAAACCAAGCGUGACCAGCUGCUUCAAACAAACACCAGGCACCAAGCUGUCACAGAAGGGACGUCUAUGCGGGGAAAGCAGACAGGAGGCACUUGAGAAGUACUGGGUGGGGUGAGGGCUACACUGGGUGCACAGGAAAAGUCCUUGCCUCUGCUGAGUCUCUCCACCUCCUUCCCCCACCCUCUGCCCUUUUCAGACGUCUGACACUACAUCCCGUGGGAUGGCAGUCCCACCGAAGGGAGACAGGUUAAGGCUGAUCCGACAGGAGGAGAAGGAGAUUGUCAUGGAGGGGCCUGCCCCCAUUUCCUCCAGAGGAGGAAGACUGAACGACCAGGACGGACGGCGCCCCCGGCACCAGUGCGGCAUCUGCGGCAAGGGCUUCCUGCACCCGUCGUCAGUGAGGACCCACCAGCGGGUGCACACGGGCGAGAGGCCGUUCCUCUGUGCAUCCUGCGGCAAGGCCUUCAAGCACCUCUCUGAGGUAACUGUCCAUGAGAGGGUCCACACGGGUGAGAGGCCAUUUGCCUGCGGCAUCUGUGGCAAGGCCUUCGUCAACUCCUCCAACCUGCUGACCCACCGGCGGGUCCACACCGGCGAGCGGCCCUACAAGUGCACCGUCUGCGGCAAGGACUUCACACAGUCUGGCGAGCUCAAGAAGCAUGGACGUGUCCACACCGGCGAGCGGCCCUACAAGUGCACCGUCUGCGGCAAAGGCUUCACCCGCUCGCCCCACGUCAAGCGGCACCAAAGAGUCCACACCCGGCACCUGGGCACCGUGACCCUCUGACGAACUCCCCCGCUCUGCCAACUUGAUCUGCAGGAAAGGGCCAGCAGCGUGUAAACUCUACAUUUCUGUCUCUCUCUCUCUCGUGCGCAUCGACUUCUGCCAGCAUUGUGAUGUGUGUUGUCGGUCCAUCCGGCUUUUGCUUGUGCCCCAGUUCCCCGCUGGCAAACUACAGCCAGGAAAAGCUGGCUGCAUUUCUGUCUGUGAGCGAGCCAUUUGUUUCAGGAAGUGAUCAACACUGUUUGCAUGCAAGCACACACACAAGACACACAGAUGUUGACUCCUGCGUAUACUCUUUGCACACAUCCACAACCUGACUCAUGCAAGCACAUCACACAGUGUCUCACAUACACACUUUGCAGACUGACGCUUGCACACACAGACAUUGAUUCAUGUGUACACUCUUUGCACACAGACACUGACUCAUACACACUUGUGCGUAUAUGUUCAGACACUAAUUCACGCGUAGACUUCUUGCGCGCGCACACAGACAGACACUGAGUCACAUAUACACACUUUGCACAUACAUAUUCUCACGCAUACACUUUGCACACGCACACACUGACUGGUAUGUACACUCUUUGCGCGCACACACACACACUGCAGCAAUUCGCAAAGUUGUCACCACCUUCUCAAGGACAGCUCGGGAGGAACCAUAAGUGCUGGCCAGGUCGCGACACCUACAUCCCACGGCUGAAUCUUUUUAAACAUGUGCAGAUUCUGUGUUCAUGUUCACACAUGCACAUGUACUGACUCACAUGCAGAAUGUUUGCACACUCUCACACUCAGUAUUUGGAACACUAGCUGUUCAGUCCCUCAGUCACUGGUCAGAGGCAGCAGCUGCUCGACAAAUGGUGAGUGAGAACAGUGAGCUGCUUUCCAAUUCAUUGUUGCCAGUCUGCAUGGAGAGAUGGUGAAGUAGCCUCUUUAGAGUCUGGAGUCUUUCUGCUCCAACCUUGUUCAUGCACGGACUGUGUGCCACCCCAGCAGUCAGUCACAGAGUUUUGACCAAACUGAAUACUCCUAAUCCCCAUACUGGUCGAGGACCCAAUCAACAGGCUGUCUCCAGGCAGAUUGGUCUUGAACGCUCACCCACAGGGUUCUUGUGUCUGGCAAUCUCCUGUCCUGCUACUUCCUCUCCCACAUCAACACAGCGACAGUGUAAAUACAGCUCCCAAUGUGCUAUAAAGCCACUGCAUCUCUUUGUACAGCUUCCUUCUUUUAGAACAGACCUUUCUCCAUUUCGGUCGCAAACCAAAAAUAAAAUCAAAUAUCGUGAUCUUCACAAU